AUGUCCACAGCAUAUCUACUCUACUUUAUUGUCCUUCUAUACAGCAUUCAAAUUGUCCCUUCACUUUCGCUUGCUACAACAUCGUGCACUUCCAAUAGUGAUUGUGGUUCCAAUGGUAAAUGCUCCUUGACCACGAAUACAUGUAACUGUACUACAAGUGGUUAUGUUACCGUUCAAUCUAGUCAGCCAUGUGCCUAUGAACAAAAGAAAAAACUCAAUGCAUUUUUACUGUCGUUCUUCAUAGGCUGCUUCGGAGCCGAUUGGUUCUAUUUAGCGGCUGGCAGCGGUGGGUAUAUUACAGCAGGUGUAUUUAAAUUACUAACACUUGGCGGUUUUGGUGUUUGGGCUUUAGCUGAUUGGAUUCGCAUACUGACCGAUAAUUUUCCUGAUGGGCAAGGUGUAGCAUUACAAGGUUGGUGA